AAAUCAUAGACAAUAAAAAAUAUUAUUAUAAUAAUAUAAUAAUAAUAAAUAUAAUAUAUAAUAAAUAAUAAAUGAUAAAAUAUAAAAUACAAUAUAAAACGAUAAAUAAUAAAAUAUAAUAAUAUAAUAAUCUAAAUCAUAAGGUAUUUCAAAUAUUUUAAUGUUGAGAUUUGGAGUCGGAUUCUAUGAAAAAAAGCACUCAGAAAAUUGAAAAAUUGAUGAAUUUACCCCAAAGUUUUUCAAAAUCCAAAGCGUAACUUGAAGGUGUACCUGGUAACCCCUUCUGCAGCAGGGCUGGAUAGAUACCGUCCUUUUCUGGAGCAAAGUUGCUGAUGGGUCUCAAAUUUAACCCGUUUCAUAAAAACAAAAAUGACUAAUACUAAUUUGUUUACAAAUUAUUUCAAGGUGAGACUAUUACAUUGGAGUAGUUCUACUAAAAAAACUUACAUACUAAAAUUAUCAUUGCAAACGUAAAAGCCUCGGUAGUGAAAACAAAUAUACGCUUCAUACUAUAUCUAACAUACAACAAAAAUUUUAUCAAAAAACUUGUUAGUGAUAAAUAUUCGCAAUAAUAAAGUUUAUGUGCGGGGAAUGUCUCACCGUUUAAGUAUUUCGUAAUGCAAACCUACAGAUUUGGUUACCUUAUUAAAAGUAAUUCAUUAAAGAAAUACGAAAAUGAUUCAUUAAAUAUCAACGAUGCAGUCCUACAAGACGAACCGAACAAAUGCCAAGUUUGUCGGAAUCCGGCAAAGCAAAAAUGUGCUGGAUGCAAUUGCGUUUAUUAUUGUUCGCGGGAACAUCAGAAAUUUGAUUGGAAAAAACAUAAAAAAGUGUGCAAAUCCUACAAAGUUGUUACAAAUGAAGCUGAAGCUCGGCACAUUGUAGCUACCAAAGAUAUUAAUCCAGGGGAAAUAAUCCUACAAGAACCACCUCUAAUUUGGGGCCCAUCGCAAGUGACAGUACCAGUUUGCUUGGGUUGCGGCCAAGCCAUCAACAAGGAAAAAUUUCAACCGUGCUCCAAGUGCGGUUGGCCAGUUUGUAGUCAAAUUUGCGAAAAAUCACCUAGUCAUAUACCAGAGUGCCAAUAUACAGUUUCUAGAGGGACCAAGGUUACUAUAUCAACUUUUAACGCAGCACAUCCCUCUUACCAAUGCAUAACAGUUCUAAGAUGCCUUUACCAAAAGCAAUUUUUAUCGGACGUUUGGAAAAAAAUCGAUUUGCUUCAAUCACGUUGCCAGGAGCGAAAAGCCACUUCAAAAAUCUACGAAAAAGAACGCGUUUCAAUAGCACAAUUUAUUUUAAGUUUUUUCAAAUUGAAAAACAUCUUCAGCGAAGAAGAGAUCUUAAGAUUAUGCGGCAUAGUGAGUGUAAACGGACAUGAAGUUCCUCUAACAACUCCACCCCAUGUAGCCUUAUAUGAAACUACAUCGAUAUUUGAACACAGCUGUAGUGCCAAUUGUAAUAAGACUUUCACCAAUCAUGGAUCAGUUUUAAUUAAAGCUGGAACUCACAUUAAAAAAGGCGAUCGCCUAAGUUUGUGCUAUACUAAUCCAUUAUGGGGUACUGCCAAUAGAAGACACAAUUUGUACCAAUCAAAAUUUUUUUGGUGUUCUUGUCCAAGAUGUUCAGAUCCUACUGAAUAUGGUACUUAUUUCAGUGCACUGAGGUGUCAGAAAAAUGAAUGUUCUGGCUAUAUUUUGCCUGAUACUUUCCUAAAUCAGACAAUAAAUGGCAAGCUUUCUGAUUGGAUCUGCAACAAGUGUACUUCCUCAACUUCCUCGCAUCACGUUCAAGAAGUCCUCGACCGAAUCAGUCAAGAUUUUAAUGAAAAAAGCAAUAGUAAAACUGUCAAAGAUUUUAUAAGGUCUUACGAGAAAUACUUGCACAAUAAUCACUAUUAUUUGACCGAAAUGAAAAUGAUUUUGAGCCAAAUGUUGGGACACGAGAACGAAGAUGGGUUACCUGGAAUUAGCGACGAGGAUUUGGAAUUGAAGGCUAAAUUGUGUCAAGGGGUUGCAAAUUUGGUCAAAAUUUUAGCGCCAGGCAUCAAUAAAAUCCACAGCGUUAAAACUGUUUUCUCUCAGUGUAAGAUUUUUCCAGUAGUCAAUCUCACGGAAGUUAAAAUCUCCCCAGAUAACACCGUCUAUGUUUUCCUCAAACGUUUCUUUGAGAGUGUCCAGAUUCCUCAUCCUGUUCUGUUUCAAUGUAAUAUGAUGAGGCCAGUAUAUACAGACCAGAGUGAAGUACGUCAAAGAGGUAUUCUUCUAUACGAGCUACAUGCCGCAGUAGCCGAAUUAGGACGCAGAAACCCCGAUCCUCAUCAAUUGACUCUAGUUCUGCAAGAAUCAAAGAGAAUCCUUCGUGAAGCUGUCGAUUUACUGAAAAACGAACCCGAAAGUUUGCCCGAGGGCAAAAUUUAUGAUAGUAAGCUGCUAAUUUUAGCAGUACUCUCCAUAAUAAUAGUGACAAGUAACGCCACAAUGAGCCGUUUUAAGGUUUUGAUUGCCAAUCCCUCAGUGCCAAGGAUUGCACAUGAACUGUUGUCAAAAACAUGUGAUGUUGUAACGUCUUCAGCAUACGACCGUGCUUCAAUCGUGAAAGAUUUAGAAGCGGCAAAUGGGGUAGAUGCUUUAUUUUGGGCUACCCAUAACCCAGUGGACAAGGAAUUACUUGAUGCUGCAGGCUCCAAACUUAAAGUCUUGUCUACAAUGUCUGCUGGCUAUAACCAUAUCGACACCAAAGAACUGAAAGCUCGUGGAAUUAAGUUAUCAAAUACACCUAACGUUUUAAAUAAUGCUGUAGCUGAUGUAGCUGUUCUAUUAGCUAUGGCAGCUAGUAGGAGGUUUACUGAGGGACGGCAACAUAUUGAACAUGGAACAUGGAUAAAUUAUUUCGAUACCCAAUGGAUGUUGGGGCAAGAUAUUACAGGAUCCACUAUUGGAAUAAUAGGUUUAGGUGGUAUUGGGCAAGCUAUUGCCAAGAGACUGAAAGGAUUUGAUGUGGGUAAAAUUUUGUAUACUGGGCAUAGAGAAAAGCCUGAAGGCAAAGCAAUUGGUGCUGAAUUCGUAAAUUUGGACAGUUUAAUCAAAAACAGCGAUUUCAUUGUUCUGGCUGCGCCAUUAACGAACGCAACGCAUCACAUGUGCAACUCUGACUUUUUCGGUAAAAUGAAAAAAACGGGAAUUUUGAUUAACAUUAGCCGAGGAGCUUUGGUCGACCAUCAAGCCCUAAUCAAAGCACUGAAAGAAGGCCAAAUUUUCGCUGCAGGUCUCGACGUUAUGGAGCCGGAACCUUUGAAUACAGACAGCGAAUUGUUGAAGUUACCGAAUGUUGUCUUGACUCCACAUAUUGGCAGUGCAACAAACAAUACCAGAAACGCUAUGGCCGAAUUAACUGCUCAAAAUAUUCUUAGAGCGUUGAGUGGACAAGAAAUGCUUACCCCAGUUAAAAUUUAAUUUAUGAAAUAAUUUCAAAAAUAAAUUUUGCAUUAUU